AUGGCUGCGCCGUCCGCCAUGCUGCGGCUAUCCGCAUCGCGCGCACUGCCGCGGAUCCCGCAUCGCGCAUUGCGCCUUGAUUCCCGUUGCGCUUCGUCGCUCAAUAUUCCCGCCGCACAGUAUCCAGUCAGCAGCGCCGCCCCAGCUGUCGCCCCGCAAAGCGCCACGUCAGCGCUGCCCGAUCGCUCCACUAGAGUGGGGGAUAGGCGGAGCAGGUGGGGGAGAGGCGGAGCAGGUGGGGGAGAGGCGGAGCAGGUGGGGGAUCGGCGGAGCAGGCGGGGGACAGGCGGAGCAGGUGAGGGACAGGCGGAGCAGGUGGGGGACAGGCGGAGCAGGUGGGGGAUCGGCGGAGCAAGUGGGGGAGAGGCGGAGCAGGUGGGGGGCGGAGCAGGUGGGGGACAGGCGGAGCAGGCGGAGGAGAGAGGGCUGGGGGAUGCAGUCACGAGAGCGCCUUGUACCCCCUCCCGCAUUGCCUCACUCCCUGCCCAACCUGUUGCACGUGUUGAGGGAGAGAGGGCUGGUGGUUGCAGCCACGAGCGAUGCCACGAGCGUGCCCUGCCCAACCUGCUGGACGUGUUGAGGGAGAGGGGCCUGGCCGAUGCCGUCACGAGCUGGUCUGAUACCCCCUCCCUCACGGCCUCUUUCCCUAGCACCCAUUAUCGCCCGUUAUUAACCCCCCUUUUCCCCCACCCCCACUCAAGGCCCAACCUGCUGGACGUGUUGAGGGAGAGGGGCCUGGCCGAUGCCGUCACGAGCGAGGCAUUCCGGGAAGCGGCAGAGCACCCUCUGAAGAUCUACGUCGGCUUUGACCCCACUGCUGAGUCACUGCACCUGGGAAAUCUCCUCGGCAUCAUCGCCCUGGCAUGGGCGCAGCGGUGCGGGCACACAGCAGUGGCGCUGCUGGGGGGGGCUACAGCACGGGUGGGGGACCCGUCGGGGAAGAGUGUGGAGCGGCCGGUGAUGGAUGAAGAGACGAUCGCGAGGAACAGCAGCGGUAUCUACAAGGUUCUUCAAGACAUUCUCUCACGACCGGAAAACCAAGGGAGCGUUCCGGGUGGAAAGCUAGAGCUGGUGAACAACUACGACUGGUGGAAAGGUGUUUCGUUGCUGGAGUUCCUGAGGGACGUGGGCAAGCACGCGCGGGUGGGGGCGAUGAUGGGCAAGGAGAGUGUGAAGAAACGGUUGGCUUCAGAGGAAGGGAUCAGCUACACGGAGUUCACUUACCAGCUGCUGCAGGGCUACGACUUUGUGCAUCUGUACAAGGAGAAGGGCAUCACGGUGCAGAUGGGCGGCAGUGACCAGUGGGGCAACAUCACUGCCGGCACCGACCUGCUUCGACGGCUGCAGGCAGCAGGGGUUGUUCCCUCCAGGGCGCCCACAGGGGGAGAGGGGCAGCAAGAGGGGCAGCCAAAAGAGGAGCAGGAGGGAGAGAUUGAGCAGCAGGAGCAGGGGGAGAGGGGUCCGAGUGUGUUUGGGCUAACGUGGCCGCUGCUGCUGCGCAGUGAUGGGAGCAAGUUCGGCAAGUCGGAGGGCGGAGCCAUCUGGCUGUCUGCUGCCAUGCUCUCGCCCUACAAGUUCUACCAGUACCUCUUUGCCACACCUGAUGCUGACGUCAUCAAGUUCCUGCGAAUGCUCACCUUCCUGCCCGUGGCGGAGAUCGACCAAUGGGAGGCCGCCAUGUGCCAACCGGGGUACGAGCCCAACGCCGCCCAGAAACUACUGGCGCAGGAGGUGACUCGUUUUGUGCAUGGGAAGGAGGGCCUACAAGAAGCGCUAAGAGCCACGCAAGCCCUUGCACCAGGUUCCACCUCCACCAGACUAGACCCCGCCACGCUCGAAGCCAUCGCCACAUGUGCUUGGUUGGCAGAACAACUAGACCCGGCCACACUUGAAGCCAUCGCCGCUGACGCGCCCUCCACCUCGCUCCCGUGGGCCGACGUGAUUGGCCGAACCGUCGCUGACGUGGCAGCGGCGUCGAAGCUAGUGGGGAGCAAGGGGGCGGCAAGGCGGCUUGUUCAGCAGGGGGGGAUGUAUUUGAACAAUGAGAAGGUGGGGAGUGGGGGGAGUGAAGGGGAGAGGGUGGUGGGGGAGGAGGAUCUGGUUGGGGGAAGCAUGCUACUGCUGGGAUCAGGGAAAAAGAACAAGAUGAUUGUGAGAGUGGAGCGGUGA